AUGGUUUAUGGUCGUUGUGCAGCUUGUAGAUUUUUGAGAAGGAGAUGCCCUUCAGAUUGCACAUUCGCUCCAUAUUUUCCACCAAAUAAUCCUCAAAGAUUUGCUUCUGUUCAUAGAAUCUAUGGUGCCAGCAAUGUUGCAAGAAUGCUCCAGCAACUCCCAGCUGAUCUUCGGGCUCAAGCUGCAGACACUUUGUAUUAUGAGGCUGAAUACAGAGUUGGAGAUCCGGUAUACGGAUGUGUUGGGGUCAUUUCCCGAUUAAUUGAACAAAUUAACGAAGUUGAAAGUGAAUUGGCUAAGACACGAGCUGACAUUGUCCUCCACUCUGAUAUUGGACAACAAGCUCAAGCUAUGCAGAUUCUUGAUGAAGUUGAAGACAACCUAAGUCUUUUGCAGGAGCAAAGCAAUGUUGGGCAGACUGGAUUUAGUUUUUCCUUCCAAAGUUCCUUGAAGUAA